AUAACCUGCCUCGGUCUCUUCACCAACUCUUUCAACAUUGCCGUGUUCGUCAAACAGGGCUUCAGCCAAGGGGUCACCAUUACGAUGACCUCCAUUGCUGUCUGGGACCUCCUCAAGUGCACGUGCGCCUUCAUUCACCGACUCUUCGGGCCCAUAAGCCUCGCCUCCCCAUCGUUUGGUUAUUCCUGGAUCGGCUACACCCGCCCGAAUAUCGAGUACGCCCACAUAUUCGCCGGUUACGUAUCGUUCGCCCUCACGGCUUUUGUCUCCAUCGAGCGAUGUCUCUGCGUGUGCCGGCCGUUCACGGUCAAAUCGGUCUUCACGGCCAGGUUCACGACACUCAUGGUCCUGAUGAUAUCCGCGGUGGUCUUUGGGUCCUACUCUGUCAUGUUCUUUAUCUACGACGUUGAGCUCGUGUUCAAUCCUGACCUGAACGCCAUCGUUGCGGUCUACGUCUACAAUAUGUUUUACUACGCCCACAGAGCCACUGUUCUUGUGUACUACCAGGUCGCCGGCAUAACCCUUCCAACUCUCAGCAUCACGGUCCUCUGCGUCUGCUCCAUCACGACCGUCUAUCACCUCAAGAGAUCGCAGGAUUUUUUAAGAUCCAGGCACAAUUUUGACUCGGGGAUUUCCCGGAAAGAAAAGCAAGUGGUAAAAAUGUUGUUGACCGUCGUUUUUGUGAACAUCGGGAAUCUCCUACCCCGCAUCGUCUUCUACACCGCGCAGCUGUUCGAGCCGGAGUUUUAUCUGUUGAGGAAGUACAACAACAUCUUCUUCAUGACGAGGUGCUUCAUCACGGUUUUGGAUUUCAUCAAGUCAUCGGUGAAUUUUUUCAUCUACUACAGGAUGAGUUCCAAUUUUCACGCAACGUUUUCGGAACUGUUCGCUCCGUGUAGAUCUAAGUUUAAAGCUUUUUUCCCCCCUUGCUUAGAUAAACAUCAAUGACCCG